UCUUGUUUGCAAAUUUACUAGCAAAAGAGAGAGAUUGAGAGAUAUCAGUGAUCGUUAUUGUUUGGAAAUUACUCUUAGCAUUCAACAGAUUUCAGAAAUGGAGAUUGGCUUAGCAGUUGGUGGUGCAUUUCUCUCUUCAGCUUUGAAUGUUCUCUUUGAUAGGCUCGCUCCUGAGGGUGAUCUGCUCAAAAUGUUUCGGAAGCGUAAGAAUGAUGUUCAGCUCUUAAACAAGCUGAAAUCGACUUUGCUUGGUCUUCAAGCUGUGCUAAGUGAUGCAGAGAAUAAGCAAGCAUCAAAUCAAUAUGUGAGAGAGUGGCUUAAUAAGCUUCGAGUUGCUGUGGACUCUGCUGAAAACUUGAUUGAACAAGUCAAUUAUGAAGCAUUGAAGCUUAAGGUGGAAGGUAAGCAUCAAAAUCUUGCAGAAACACUAUUGAAAAAUUGGAGAUUUUGCAACCUGUGCUUGGGUGAUGAUUCUUUUCUUAAAAUAAAUGACGAGUUGGAAAUGAGUAUUGAAACAUUGCAGAAUUUGCAAAAGCAAAUUAGUGACCUUGGCUUACAGGAACGUUUUGGUUCGACUAAACCACUAACUAGAACUACAACUUGUUUGGUUGAUGAAUCUGGUAUCUUUGGUUUACACAAGGAAAAGAAGGAUAUGAUUGACCGUUUAUUGUCUGAAGAUGCAAGUGGACGAAACCUGACUGUAGUUCCUAUUGUUGGAAUUGGCGGCUUGGGUAAGACAACACUAGCGAAAGUGGUUUACAAUGAUGAGAAGGUGAAGAACCAUUUUGGUUUGAGAGCUUGGUAUUGUGUUUCUGAGCCAUAUGAUGCUUUGAGAAUAACGAAAGGGUUACUUCAAGAAAUUGGCUCUGUCUAGUGAAGACUCUUGGGCUUUAUUCAAACGACAUUCACUAGAAAAUAGUGAUCAUCCAGAACUUGAAGAGGUUGGGAAAGAAAUUGCAGUCAAGUGCAAAGGGUUGCCUUUAGCUCUAAAGACAGUUGCUGGUACUUUACGCGGCAAAUCAGAGGUAGAUGAGUGGAGAAACAUUUUAAGAAGUGAAAUAUGGGACCAGCGUUGUUUGAAUGGUAUAUUGCCAGAGUUGAGGUUGAGCUACAAUGAUCUUCCUCCAGAUUUGAAGCGAUGUUUUGCUUUUUGUGCAAUAUAUCCCAAAGAUUAUGAAUUCUGCAAAGACCAAGCUAUUUACCUGUGGAUUGCUAAUGGUCUUGUAAAGCAGUUUUGUUUAGGUAACGAAUACUUUGACGAGUUGAGAUCAAGAUCAUUGUUCGAACGGGUCCCAGAGUCUGAAAGGCAAUCGGAGAGAUUCAUAAUGCAUGACCUUAUCAAUGAUUUGGCCCAAACUGCAUCUUCAAAACUUUGUAUUAGGUUGGAAGAGAACGAAGGAUCUGAUGAUAUGUUGGAACAAAGUCAGCACAUGUCCUAUUCUGUGGGAGCAGAAGGUGACUUUGAGAAAUUGAAACUACUCUCCAAAUCAGAGCAGCUGAGGACAUUGCUUCCAACCAGUUACUUUGGUUGGGUAAGCAAGAGGGUGUUGCAUAACAUACUGCCAAGACUGACAUCCUUAAGGGCAUUAUCAUUGUCUCAUUACCAAAUUAAGGAGUUUCCAAAUGACUUGUUUAUCAAAUUAAAGCUCCUCAGAUUUUUGGACCUUUCUGAAACAGAGAUUGAAAAGUUGCCAGAUUCCAUUUGUGCAUUGUAUAACUUGGAGACACUUCUCUUGUCAUCUUGUUAUUAUCUUAAGGAGCUACCGCUGCAGAUGGAGAAGUUGAUCAACUUGCAUCACCUCGACAUAACCAACACUCGUCGCUUGAAGAUGCUGCUACAUCUGAGCAAGUUGAAAAGCCUCCAAGUCCUAGUGGGAGCUGAGUUUCUUGUAGGUGGUAGCAGUGGUUGGAGAAUGGAAGAUUUGGGUGAAGUACAUAACUUGUAUGGAUCUCUAUCAGUUUUAGAGUUGCAAAAUGUGGUUGAUAAAAGGGAAGCUCUCAAGGCAAAGAUAAGGGAGAAGAAUCAUGUUGACAAGUUAUUAUUGAAGUGGAGUGAAAGUAGUACUGCCGCCGCCGAUUCUCAAACUGAAAGAGAGAUACUUGAUGAGCUACACCCACACACAAAUAUUAAACAACUCCAAAUCACCGGAUAUAGAGGGACAAAAAUUUCAAAUUGGCUAGCUGAUCCUUUGUUUCUUAAGCUUGUACAAUUGUCUCUUAGCAACUGCAAGGACUGUGAUUCUUUGCCAGCACUAGGACAGCUUCCUUCUUUGAGAUUCCUUUACAUUGGAGGGAUGCAUGGAAUAAAAGAGGUGACGGAAGAAUUCUAUGGUAAUUCAUCCUCCAAAAAGCCUUUUAACUCUCUUGAGAAGCUUGAAUUUGCAGAUAUGCCAGAGUGGAAGCAAUGGCACGUACUAGGAAGUGGAGAGUUCCCUUUACUUGAGUACCUUUCAAUUCAUAAAUGUCCGAAGUUGAUGGGGAAGUUGCCUGAAAAUCUUUGUUCUCUGACAAAAUUAAGAAUUUCAGAGACAUCUCUUUUUGAUGAAGCUCAAAUGUUUAGAUCCCAAUUUGAGGGAAUGAAGCAGAUUGUUGAAUUAUAUAUUCAUGAUUGUAACUCUCUUACCUCCUUACCUUUUAGCAUACUUAGCAUACUGCCCAGUUCCUUGAAGAGAAUAACCAUAUCUGAUUGUCAGAGAUUGAAAUUGGAGGAGCCAGUUGCUUAUUGUAACAUGUUUCUCGAGGAAUUGACACUGCGAAAUUGUGAUUGUAUAGAUGAGUUUCUCCCAAAAGCACGCAAAUUGUCUAUUUGGAGUUGCCAGAACGUUACUAGGUUUUUGAUUCCUACUGCCACUGAAAGUCUCCGUAUUUAUAGUUGUAAGAAUCUUGAAAUACUUUCGGUGGCAGUUGAGUCUGCGAUGACGUCUUUGGAUAUUUCGUAUUGUGAGAAGCUCAAGUGUCUGCCAGAAAUAGAGCUCUUCAAUUUACAAGUCCUUAAGAUCAGUGAUUGUAUGAAACUAGUGAACGGCCGAAAGGAGUGGUGUUUACUGAGACUCCCCUGUCUCACUGAGUUAGAGAUCAGACAUGAUGGCAGUGAUGAAGAGAUCCAACAUUGGGAGUUGCCUUGCUCUAUUCAAAGGCUUUCCAUAUCCAAUCUGAAAACAUUGAGCAGCCAAGUUCUCAAAAGCCUCACCUCUCUUCAAUAUCUAUAUAUUGCUGAUUUACCUCAAAUUCAGUCACUGCUGGAACAAGGUGGGCUUCCCUCCUCUCUUUCUCAUCUAAAUGUAUGUGACCAUGAUGAGCUCCAUUCACUACAUCUUUGCCACCUCACUUCACUUCUACGUCUACACUUCUGGAAAUGCCAUAAUCUCCAAUCACUCUCCGAAUUUGCACUGCCCUCCUCCCUCUCUGAGCUGACCAUCAUGGAUUGCCCUGAACUCCUAUCACUCUCUGAAUUUGCACUGCCCUCCUCCCUCUCUGAGCUGACCAUCAUGGAUUGCCAUAAUCUCCAAUCCCUUCCAGUAAAAGGGAUGCCCUCUUCCCUCUCUAAACUAUCUAUUUCAAAAUGUCCAUUGCUCACACCACUACUAGAAUUUGACAAGGGGAAAUACUGGCCAAAUAUUGCUCAAAUUCCCUUCAUACAUAUCGAUGGGAAAUGCAUGUGAUGAUUAAAACAAAUGGUGCUCCCACUGAUUGUGGAAUGUCUUUUGCUCAAUCCACACCGAAAAUUGCUCAUACUUCCACCAUAAAUGUUGAUUUGGAGAACCUGUAAUGAUUAUCACGAGUGGUGCUCCGAUAGAUAGAUGUCAUUUAGGUGAAUACUUUUUCUUCCAUAUUAUUCUUAUUUGUAAAAUAUAAGGUGUACACCAAAAAAUUGACAAUGAUCCACUAGCUAUCAUAAGAAAUGAGAAAAAUGUACGUGUACAUUCUAAAACUUCAUACGAAGCUUGCAAUGUGAUGGGAACGGAUGUUUAAAAUCUUUGUGGAGAUUGAAAUUCAUCUUUUUAUAAAGAUGGCCUUCUAACAAGCAUAAUAACUUUUAUAGGAUAUGUCCUACCUUGGGAUUAGAUGAGCUUUUGGGGAGCUACAGUAAUCACAAGCUUAGCUAGCGCCAUGCCUGUAGUAGGAGAAUUAGCCGCCUUAUUUAUGGAUUUUCCUCUGGUAUUGGGGAAUGGGGGGGCACCCCUACAAGACUUUAAUCUAAACAUGAUGCCUGAUUUGAAUCUACCUGCGGAACCCGAGCCCUAUCAACCACUAUUUCCCCAGGUUCCUCUUGGGACUCUGUCCUUAGAGGAGCUAAUUUUUAAGCAAUUAUUGAAGGAAUUCAACAAGUUUUCACUGAUUUACAUACUUUGGACUGAAAUAUCUCCACCAUAGAAGUCGAUGGAGAAUACAUUUAAUGAUUAAAGCGAAUGAUGCUCUCACAAAUUGUGGGCGUCUAUUGCUCAAAUCACGGCAACUAACGAAGAGUUGCUCAUAUUUUCACCAUAAAUGUUGAUUGGGAGAACAUAUAAUGUUCUCCAAUAUAUACUGGAAUAUUGUUCGCCAUCAUGAAAAUUCUGCUCAUAUCUCCACCAUAGAAGUCGAUGGAGAAUACAUUUAAUGAUUAAAGCGAAUGAUGCUCUCACAAAUGAUUCUGGUAACAUUAUAUGUAAGCUAUUGCCGCUCUAGCUCAGUUUGUACCAGGAAAGUUCUGCUGCAAUUCUCUAUUGAAUAGACUAUUGCUAGAAUGUGGUCUGACAGCAAAGUUAAGAAGGUUGUGAUUUCCAAGUCGUACAGCCGUCUACUAUGACUUCCUUGAGAUGAAGCAUGGCUUGCUGCAAAUGGAACAUACAGCUCUAUUGGAACCCAAAGGAUUUUGACAAGACUCGGUGAUCAUUUGGGAAGUGAAGAGUUUCGAAGGUUUCUCUGUUCAAGUUGAGAAGCGAAAGCUGUUGAACUAUGUAUGUAAUAGCUUAUUGUUGACUUUGGGUCCUAGGCUCCCACGACUUUAAAAUGCAUCACUCGGGUCUAAUGUCACUUCUUUUUAUACCAACAAUCAAUAUCUUUAUUGCGUUUUGUUUAGUCGAUGUGGUAUAUGCCUAGGAUGCUACAAUGUUGUUCUUUUAACCCUGGAUACCAAGACGGAAAGCAAGAGACGACACAAUUAUUGAACUUUCUGUAUUGAGAAAUCGGAAUGUCUGGACGCAAAUGGUUAGAGAAAACUGUAAAUGCAAUGUAAAAUGUAUAAGAAACAUGGGAGACUUUGAGGAGUGAAAUUUAUUUGCAUAAUUUUUUAAUGUUGUUAUUACUGAUUAAAUGGUGUGUGUGUAUAUUUUGUUUAGUGGAAUUCUUCCCAUACAUGAGUGGAGCUAGAGAGGAAGCUAUGGGUUUGUCAAAUAUUGGAUUUUUAAAGGAAAGUUUUGCUGCAAUUCUCUGCUGAAUAGACAGUCACUUGAAUGUGGUCGUGACUGAAAAAUAUAUGUAGUUGCAGAGAUGAAGUCUCCAUGAGAGGGGUAAGAUAUCAUAUAAAGAGUAUGACAAUCUGGCUUGGCAAGACCAGUUUGACAUCCAAGACAGUGAAGAGCUUAAUAGAAUGAAGGAAGAAAAUGCCAAUCUUCAAGAAAAACUGAAUGAUGCAGGUAUACAUUCUUAAUUGAUAUUCCAGACACUACAGAUUUGUAAAAUAUAAAAAAUCGCUCGUGAGCCAUAUAUGAUAUAUUGAAUUUUAAACUU